AUUGUCAAGGGGCCCUCCACUUAAAAGACUUACAGAAACGCUUAUAAGUGUAAAAAACAAGUUACCCAAUUUACAAUUCAAUAUACACAAUAUAAAAUCAACCUUAUUUUAAUCUGUAUAUAAUUAUUUUUAAAAAAAACAAUGAAGGCCAAAUGUGGACUGUGUUGACAGCGUCAGAUAGCAGCGUGCUUUGACGUUAGCUGUGGCCGAUAGACCCAAAAUUGAGUUCAAAUAGACAAGAAUAAUAACGGCAUAGGUCAUGUCGUUUUUGUAUUAUUUUACAAAAAUGUAACUGUGACUUAGCUGUGAGAUUCGGCUCCGUAUAUUCUUGAAUAAUUUCGACAUAUCUUUAAAUGUACAGAUGAUGGAUUGUCAACAACAUAGAUAAUCAAGAUCUGUAUACCAAGAUGAAAAUCUGCAGUUGGUUUGCUUCUUUUCUAUUUCUAUUGAUUGUUUUGGUAAGCCGAAUACGAAUGAGAAUUCUGCGUCUUUCUUGCAAGUCAUUUGCAGAUUUCAAAGUCUCAAUAGACGAGUAUUCUCUUCCUGGCGCUUAUAGCGUGGUUCCAGAUACUGAUGUAAAUGUGUGCAAAUCGCUAUGUUUGAAUGAUACAAAAUGCAAGUCAAUAAAUGCAAACAAAAAGGAGAGGGUCUGUGAGCUGCAUCAUCGAUCCAUUGCUGAUAUUGAUGAUGGGGCCUGGCCACGCCCAACGCAAGGAUGGAUACACCAGACCACGCUUUUUGAUCAAACCUUGAUGGGUGACUAUUGUAGAAGGAUCAAUCCUUGUCCUCCAAGACGGAUAUGCAAAGAUACUUGUGAAUGUCCCGGCUUCAAAUGUAUGUCCUAUCAAGCAAGGGAAUUGAUGAUAUUCUUUAAAGAGCGAAGACCAUUAACUUGGCAUAUGGCGGAAAAAAACUGCCGGUCCUUUGGAGGCAAUUUGAUAUCUGUUAAAGAUGAAAAGAGGCAGAAUAUGAUUGAUAGUAGAUUUGCAGAAUCUUCUAAUUGGAUUGGACUAUCCUCACAUAGGGACGGAAUAUACAGAUGGGUUGAUGGCUCUAAGUCAACAUAUGAAAAUUGGGCGGCAAAUGAACUGAAUCGUUAUGGAGGAGCUGCAAACUGUACUUUUGUGCAAGGUGGACAAUGGCGCGUUCUUGAAUGUGACAAAAAACUGCCUUCUUUGUGUGAAAUUUUGAGGCGCAGGCACUACCUUUAAGA